GAAGUUGUUCCCUUGCAUAGUUUGAAUGUAUUUUCCGUCUAACUUAAAACCAUGGGCACUCAAGUUCGUCGUGUUCCAACAUCACAGCUCUUCUCUCUAGAAGGCAAAACAGUUAUUGCGACUGGAGGGACCGGCGGACUUGGUUUGGAAAUUUGUAUUGCCCUAGCAGAAUCUGGGGCCAAUAUCGUGUCUAUCCAUCUUCCCCAGGACCCUGGCCAGGCUACGCUGGAAGAAGGAGUGAGAAAAGUUGGGAGGGAAAUUACUGGUUUCGAGUGCGACGUCGGAGACUCGAAGCAACUUCGGGAAACAUUCGAUCGUAUAUGGAAGUCGGACAUCGUGCCCGACAUUCUUUUGAACUGUGCGGGCUUAAACCGGAGGGGUCCCAUUGAGGACAUGACCGAUGAGAAAAUUGACCUGAUCUUCUCAGUCAACUUGAAAGGGGCCUAUGUUGCUGCUCAAGAAUUUGGAAAACGUUUGAUUGAACUUGAUCGACCGGGAAAGAUUAUAAACUUCGGUUCUUUUACAUCUUUCGUGGCAAUGACAAAUGUCUCGGCAUAUGCAGCGACUAAAGGAGGGGUUUUACAAAUGACCAAAGCUUUUAGUAAUGAAUGGGCGUGUCACGGAAUUCAGGUAAACUGUAUUUGCCCCGGAUACAUCAAAACUCCCCUGUCGCAAGCGCUGCUGGAUCAGUUUCCCGAUAUGGAGAAGUACAUUGUCAAUCGCACGCCAGCUGGAAGAUGGGGUAAUCCUUCAGACCUCCGUGGUACAGCUGUGUUCUUGAGUAGCCCGGCGUCCGAUUUCGUCACUGGGACAAGUAUAGUUGUUGAUGGAGGAAUGAUGUUUCGAUGAUAUACCGUUGCCCCGUAUUAAAUUGAGGUAUCUGAUGACAGUGGUCCUCUCUAUAGGUUCGUCUAUUCUUUGACGCUCUCCCACAGCCUGGGUUUUAG